ACCAUUUCCUCGCUGAAACAGAAACACUGAAUGCAGAAUGACAUUGCUGUUUGGGGGAGAAAAUGUGAGAUAGCCUGAACUCAACUUCUGAUGUGAUUUCCAGGUUCUGAAUCGCUUUAGGAUAAUUGCUGGUGUUAGAUGCAGACAAAAGCUAUCUCUGCUCUUGAAAAUGAUCCCCAGAUGGCUCCACCUGUACAUUCCAACAGAAAAGAACUGGCUGCUUUGAAGUAGAGGAUGAAAGCACCAACAGCGCAGCCUUCUGUGGAAUUUGGAGGAAAAAUAGACUCAGGUGAGAAGAAAGAAGAAAAAGCUGACAUGGGAUUAAAACAACUGCAGACCUUGCCUGAGGUUUGCCUACAGGUGCUGCAUGUAAUAAUGAGUUCUUCUUUCCAGCCUGCCUGUGGAGCUAUUGUUCUUCCUGAUACACAAAGGGGUUGAAAGUGUGUGGUCCCAAACCAGCCCCUUUCCAACAUGCCAGUUGGAACUGCUCUCCAGUGCUGCCUCUGCACGGGGGGAGCCCAUCACACUAUGGAAGUUUCCUCCAGCUUUUCAUCUUAAGGUGGUGUUUGUAGUGUCAGCUUCAUCUUCACCAGCCUCCUAGAGAACCAAGAAGUUCAAGGUGAUGGAACACUUCCUAGGUCAGCUGGAGCUGUGAUCCGGGUGGCCUCGAGCUUAGUGAAGGCUCAGGUGAACCCACCAUGCCUCGCUUGCUGCUUCAGUUGUACAAGUCACAUAUGAUGGGGUUUCUUGAGGAGUUUGACCACUACACUUCCUUGCCCAAACUCAUGUCAAUCUACCAAGCAACCAACAGGACCAUCUUCAACUGGACAGACAGCCAUAUUGUUGAGUGGGAGAAAUUCGCUGAGCUGGCUAAAUACGAGCCAGAAUCCCAGAAAUCGACAGUGAAAGCACUCCUUAUUGUGGCAUACUCAGUCAUUAUCACCAUGUCUCUCUUCGGGAACAUGCUGGUGUGCCAUGUGGUGCUGAAGAACAAGAGGAUGCACUCAGCUACCAGCCUUUUCAUUGUCAACCUGGCAGUGUCUGACAUUAUGAUCACGCUGCUCAACAUGCCUUUUACCCUGGUUCGGUUUGUGAACAGCACGUGGGUCUUUGGUAAGGCCAUGUGCCACAUCAGCCGCUUCGUGCAGUACUGCUCCCUGCACGUCUCCACACUGACACUGACAGCCAUCGCUCUGGACAGGCACCAGGUCAUCCUGAACCCACUGAAGCCGAGGAUGUCACUAACAAAGGGAGCGCUGAGCAUCUGUGUUAUUUGGAUGAUGGCAACCUGUUUCUCCCUACCCCAUGCUAUCUACCAAAAGCUUUUCCAGUAUAACUACAGGGAAGCCACUGUCCGGAGUUUGUGCCUCCCCGAUUUUCCUGAGCCUGCAGAGCUGGUCUGGAAGUAUCUGGACCUGUCUACCUUUCUCCUUCUUUACCUCCUGCCUCUACUCAUCAUCACUGUCACCUACACGCGCCUGGCCAAGAAGCUGUGGCUCCGUAAUGCCAUCGGAGACAUCACCACACAGCAGCACAUCACGCACCGCAAGAACAAGAAGAAGAGCAUCAAGAUGCUGAUGCUGGUGGUGGUGGUCUUUGCUGUCUGCUGGUUCCCUCUCAACUGCUACGUGGUGCUUAUCUCCAGUCUAGGCAUCAAGACAAAGAACUCCCUCUAUUUCUCCCUGCACUGGUUCGCCAUGAGUAGCACCUGCUACAACCCUUUCAUCUACUGUUGGCUGAAUGAGAACUUCCGCUCAGAGCUCAAGUCCCUGCUGUGCAUGUGCCAGAAGGUACCUCAGGCUCAGGACAAUGCGCUGCCACCUGCGGUCACAUCCUGCCAUGAGGCGUGGAUGGAGCAGGCCAGGUACCGGAAGGCACCUGCCUCACAAACCAUUUGCUCCACUGUAAACAUCCAGACUGCCAACACAGGCCUGUGAGCUGGAGG